UCCUCUUCGCAGAAACCCUAGCGGCUACCGCUCGAACCUUCUCCGGCGAACCUUCAACCAUGGCGGAUGUGGAGACAGAGGUAGCAGCCGGACAGCCAAAGAAGAGGACGUUCAAGAAGUUCAGUUUCAGGGGUGUCGAUUUGGAUGCCCUCCUUGACAUGUCCACAGAUGAGCUCGUGAAGCUCUUCCAUGCCCGUGCUCGCAGGAGGUUCCAGAGAGGUCUCAAGAGGAAGCCCAUGGCUUUGAUCAAGAAGCUCCGCAAGGCGAAAAGGGAGGCACCACCUGGUGAGAAGCCAGAACCAGUCAGAACCCACCUCCGCAAUAUGAUCAUUGUCCCUGAAAUGAUUGGAAGCAUUAUUGGAGUGUAUAAUGGCAAGACAUUCAAUCAGGUUGAAAUCAAGCCUGAAAUGAUUGGGCAUUAUCUAGCCGAGUUCUCUAUCUCGUACAAGCCUGUAAAGCACGGUAGACCUGGUAUCGGUGCCACCCACUCAUCUAGGUUCAUUCCUCUGAAGUGAAGCCUGUACGAGCAGCAGCUUAGACACUCAUUGUUCUGUUAUUAUGGAAAGCCACCAGACGUUGACCAAAUUUUUGUUGAUCUGUUUCAGUUGCUUCAUAUGACUUCUACAUUUUUAGUUAUUACUGUUUAUGGCACCUAAAGCUUAUGCUAUUAAUUUAAGGAGAUCAUGCUUUUGCGGUUUACUAUAUCUAAUGGUCCUAUGGUUCGAGCUUUAUUAAUUUUUUUUAGUGGCCUGCAUGUGUAAUGUUCAGUGGUUUAGGGUGCAAUCUCAGGAAAUCUGCAUGUGUAUUAGACAUCGAAAUUAAAUUGCCUGUUUCUUU